AUGUCCUCUCGCCCUCCUACGCCGCCUAACAAGCCCCCUUGGGAGGACGAGGACUUCCGAUUCGCGACGAACGGCACUGCUUGUGAAUGGGGUGAAGCCUAUCAUCCAGGCGGCUAUCACCCCGUUCACCUUCGUGAUGUGAUACAAGAACGCUACCGUAUUAUUCGUAAGGUAGGAUGGGGCCAAUACUCCACAGUCUGUCUUGUAGUUGAUACGAAGAUGAACCGCUAUGUGUCUUUGAAGAUCAUUCUUGCAACUCAGACAUACGAUGCAAGCAAAGAGGUUUCUAUUUAUACAUCUCACCUCCAAGACGAGUCCCCAUUUCUCGUACUUCUUCAUGACACGAUUAAGAUCAAGGGUCCCAAUGGGGAACAUGAUGGCCUUGUUUUUGAGACUAUGGGUCCAAACUUGACAACUCUUCUCAAGAUAAGGCCAGAGUUUCAGAUUGGCGAGCCUUGGGAGAGAAGGUUCACAAAGUCCUUCGCAAAGGAUGCGCUACGGGAUACUAUCCAGGCGCUGCACUUCCUUCACGAACACGGCGUUAUUCACGGCGAUCUACAUCCUGGUAACAUCCUUACUUGUGUAGAGAAACUGGAGGUCACUCUGAGUACAGAGAUGAACCUGAAGCAGCCUGAAAGUGAUGCCCAGCCUCUCAACCGUAAAGAUGGGAAACAGGAUCUUUGGGCCUCGUCAUAUCUUCUUGAGCCUCGGCCUUUGAGUGACUACUUCUCGUAUGGCCUCCAUCCUCUUGUGAAGCUCAGUGAUUUGGGCGGUGCAUUCGUUGCAGAAGAUCAUAUAAUGGGUGCUAAGGCUAUCACUCCGGUUGCCCUGCGAGCCCCAGAGACGAUUCUUGAUGAACACCUGGGUAAAGGUAUCGACACAUGGGCCUUUGGCUGUCUGGUAUUUGAGAUAAUCACUGGCCGGCCUCUGUUCGUAGCAAUCCAAUCUCUUGAGGGAGAGGACUACGAUGAGACCUCUAAUGAUGAGCAUCUCAUUCAGCUCUGGGAGGUUAUCGGGCCAUUACCCAAAUCACUACUUGAGAAGUGGCGUCGAGCAGAUCAAUAUUUUGAUAGAAGUGGCAAGAGGCUAGAAGUUAAGCCUCAAGAGAACGACUAUGUAAGCGGCGAUGAAGAUAUGAAUUCUGGCAAUGGGACAGACGAGGAAAGCGAUGGUCCUCCACUCGCAUAUCUUGGCGAAUUUCUUUCGCUCGAGGACCAGUUUAUGGCAGAGAGACCAGGUGACAUUGACGAGGCGGAAGCCAAGGAGAUAUUGGAGCUGUUACGAUGGAUAUUCCAGUACGAUCCGGUUGAUCGACCUUCAACCAGUGAUCUCAUCAAUCAUCCUUGGCUUCGUUCAACUUGA